UGCUCUUCCUCCUCAACAAUGUGGGCGGGGCCAUGUACCUGUACUGCUGCACCUCUGCACUUUACCUCUACAGCACCGACUACACCUGGACACAAAGCAUGCUGGGAAAGAUCUUCCUCCCGGCUGCAGCGUUUCUCUGCUGGACCUCCUGCUGCGUCUCCUGUCAUGUUGAGGUCCGUUCCUUCUGGACGAGCAGGUUCCACAGGAGGCUCUACAGCCUGACCAUGAUCACUGCCACCGGCCCCGUCGCUCACCGCCUCACCAGCAACAGCUGGGCAGGCAGCCCUGCAGCUUCACUGCAUCUCCUCCAGAUGGUGCUGUCCCUGUUUGCAGCCUUCUUCUUCUCCUGCUCCUCACCUGAGUGUUUGUCCCCGGGCAGCUUUGAUCUCCUGGGUCACAGCCAACAGCUCUUUCAUGUCCUGCUGUCACUCUGCGUCAUGGUCCAGCAGGAGGCGCUGUUCUGCGACUUCCUGUGGAGACGCCCUGCGCUGUCCCGGCUCUUUGGGGAGGAGCACCUCCUGCUGGUCUGCAACUCCUUCUGCUGGUUGACCUUCUGCUGCGGCGUAACGGCGCUCGUCCUGAGCAGCAGAGUUUGGACUCGGCUCACCACAGAAGAAGAAGGGUGACGUCGUAUUUUAGGUAGUUUCCCAAUAAUCAUACUUCCACCCUUACAUGUAAGGGUUUGGUUCUAACUGAACUGUAGGUGGGAAUAAAAAACUGUUGCUUGUUACACUUUUAAAGUAUUUUUUGCAGUAAGAUCACAGUGACGGCUCCCGCCAUUUUGGAUGUCCCAGACGCCAUGAUGUAACCUUCACUCUCCCAACUCUGGACUCUGUCCUUUAACGAGGACAUUCACUUCAUUAAGGGACAGAGUGUGUAGUGCGGGCACUGGGACAAGUCACUGCUUUCCCAUCACAGAUCAAUAAACCAGUGAGAUGUAACUGGUUCUGAUGCUUUAACUGCAUACUUUCCCACAGUCCACACACGUCGGCCAUCUUGGAUUCUGCUGUUGGGGUGGAAGGGAGACCCCCCGGUUUAAAAUAUCAGAGCCCAACAGGAAUAAAUACACCUGAACUAAAUUGAAUG